AUGAAAACCAGGGAAAAGUCUGAAGAGUGGGGCGAUAAAGCUCCAAGGAGCACAUACAUAGAAGAUAACUGCAGAGAAAAGGAAAGAAGACGUGUCGGACGGGAAUAUGCAUGCAAUAUAUGCUACUCACGCCCCGAAGGCCCUGUGCUGACGCCAUGUGGACAUCUGUUCUGUUGGGGAUGUUUAUACAUAUGGUCUCAGUCGAUCAGAGGAUGCAAAUUCUGUCCUUCAUGCAGAAGUAGAAUGGGGAUUGAAGAAGUUAUAUCUGUGUUAGCUGUGGACUCGAAGAAGGAGAGCAGAGGACCUCCUCCAAGGCCGGCCAAUAAUAGAAAACUUGUGAAAGUAAUAACACCUGGAGUAAAGAUCAACGGUACAAGAUUUGGAAACUGCCUUUUGCAGGAAGAAGAGACAAAUGUGUUCUCUUACAGGACAGCUAUAGGGCUAUUUACGCUUAUGUGCCUCCUUAUUUCCAUAACUCUUAGGUCGUAUGGACCUGAUUGUUGA